AAAGCACAAAUGGUUCAUAUUUCCAGCUUUUCCAGGUUCCCGGUCCAUGUUAGCAUCAAAAAUGGAACCAGGGGUACAAGAAAUAGUGCACUGCUGGAGAAAGGGCAAAUGUGCUUCUUCUAAUAUGCAAGGAUAUUAGCAUUACUUUAGAAACUGGGCUACUUCUAAAAAUGAUAGGAUCAUACCAUGAGAUAAAAUGGGCAAUUCCAAGAACUUUCCAUCUCCUUUCAAUGCUGUCCUUUUUGCUGUUUUUAAAACCAUUGAUUCUCACCCCACUGCAGCUUGACUCUUGUUUUAAGUUUCCACAUUGGGUUUGGCAAUCAAGGAGAAGUCCUUUUAGGGGAUGUAGAAGCUUCACAAAGCAAAUUCUCCGAGAGCAACAGUGGUGUUAGCAGGAUUUACAUGUGGGCAAGGGCUUAAUGCUGAAAGGGCAGCCAGAAAGGGAGGGGGUUUCAAAGAGAACCUGUUCUGAAACCAGACCCUUCUCUCUGGCUUUGUGAAAUGUGUCUCCUUCCUCAGGUUUAGGAAAUGGAUCCCUGCUGGGAUUUCCUUUCAAAGGUGACUUGUAACCUACUCGUUAGGGACGAGUUCUGCAGGGCACCCUCAAACGGUGUCUUUGGAAGGGCCAGCCAAAAGCUCUCUGUGCGUGCGUGCGUGCGUGCGUGCAUAUGUGUGCGUGUGCGCGCAAUUUGGGUGAGGGGAAGCACUUGCUUCUCAAAGGGUGGGGGAAUACCCACAGCAUUUGGCAGCAGCAGCGGCAGCAGCAGCAGCGAUAGGCGCUCUUGGAAGAAAGGAGGAAAGGCAAUGCUCUGAUGGGCACUAUGGCUUUUCAAAAAGACCCCAGUUCAGUAGCUCUCGAAAUGCUUCUCAUAGUCCAGCCUGAGAAGAGGAAGAUCGUGCAGAGGUUGCAGAUAGACACACAAACAGAGAGCUAUGCUUCACACCAAAGUCAAGGCUUUCAAGGGGAUGGCAAUGGAAACAACAAACUAGAGCAGUAUCAAGGAAAAGACAUUCAUGGCUAUUCAACUCAAAUGCAGCAAGUUAUUACUUCCCGUUCAGACCAAGGAACUCAUGUGACAGUAGAGGUACAUGCUAGAAAUUCCACCCCACAGUUAUUCAAGAAACGCUCUUUUGGGAAAGGCUCUCAAGAGAAAAGAAAACACAGACCCCGUCCACCUGGCUUGGAAGACCAGCAUGUUUACCCAUGGGACAAGGCCUGCUUGAAAUCCAUACCUUUUGACCUGAAGCAAUUUGAGAAACUGGACACAUAUGCAAGAAAGGUCACUGCCAAGAAUAGUGUGGAGGAGCUGGUUAAAACCUUACUCCGUGUAGCACAUACUGACCUGGAAAAAGUGAGGGCCAUUUGGACAUGGAUAUGCCACCAUAUAGAAUAUGAUAUUGUGGGCUUUUUUAAUAAAGACCAGCAGUCAUUCAAGCCCAAGGAUGUCCUUCAGAGUGGAAAGAGCAUUUGUGAAGGAUAUGCCGGGCUCUUUGAACAAAUGUGCAGUAUUGCGGGAGUGCAGUGUAUGAACUUAUCUGGGUAUUCCAAAGGACAUGGUUACAAGACUGGGCAGACCUUUACAGGAGAGUAUGACCAUGCCUGGAAUGCAGUUUAUCUUGAUGGAAGGUGGCACUUGGUGGAUAGUACAUGGGGUAGCGGCUCCAUUGAUGACUGUUUCAGCAAAUUUACUUUCAGAUACAAUGAAUUCUACUUCCUCACCCACCCCGCCCUAUUUAUUAAUAAUCAUUUCCCAGACAACAGCAACUGGCAGCUACUCAAUCCAACAGUGACAUUAAAACAGUUUGAGAGCAGCAUGUUAUACAAGAGUGACUUUUACAAGAUGGGAUUGCUGGCAGCCCAUCCAGAAACACCCAUUAUUCAAACAGUAAAUGGGAAAGUAGCAGUAGUGGUGGAGACCCGUUCCCCGAUGCUCUUCAUGUUUGAGUUGAAAGGAACAAAAGAGUACAGCUUGAUGACUCUGAAAAAGAAUGGAAUGAAUCUGGAUCUCUAUCCACAGAAGACAGGAAGUCAUAAGCUACAGAUCUAUGCCAAACCAUCCACAGGAACAGAUGAAGUCUACAACUGUGUGCUAGAAUACACCAUAGAAUGCAGCUCUGUAGACAGGAAUGUUUGCUUUCCAAAAGAACUCCAUCAACCUGUUGGACCUAGCUGGUUCACAGAGCGGCAGGGGUUCCUCAAGCCUUCACAAAAAGGCCCAGUUAUUCAUACCAAUGAUGGGCGCAGUGACUUCAGCUUCAUCCUCAGCAAAGACUUGAAUGUUCUAGCCUCACUGCAUUCAGACCAUGCUCACUUCAAUGAGGACACUGGAAGGCGGCAUAUCUUGCAAGUCUGUCAAGGAAAUCAGGUAGACUUUAAGAUCCAUCUUCCUCAUGCAGGGAAUUUUGCUCUCAAAAUUUUUGCUAAGAAGAAGUGUGAUCCAGGCAAUUUUAACUAUGUCUUCAACUACCUCAUCUGUUGCCCAAACACUGAGGUAAAGUGGCCAGUUUUUCCCCAGCAUUAUAGCAAGUGGGCAGAAGGCUAUGAGUUAGUGGAGCCUCUAGCUGGAUUGCUGCCAGCCAACCGCAACAUCAAGUUUAAACUCAGGCUUCAUAGCAUUGCCAAGGCAUUUGUUCAAUGUGAAAGCAUCUGCCCAUUAUCUCUAAGUAAGGAUGGUUACUGGGAAGGAUCUUGUAACACUUGUGGCUGCACAGAAGUGUAUGUGAUGGUGCUAGAAAAUGCUAACCACAAGUUCUACUCACACAUUUUGAAAUAUGAAGUAGAACCACAAUAAGUGGCCACUUCUACUCUUCACA